AUGAGUCUCACCGAGUUUCACAACCGGAUGGGCCAUCAGCAUGCAGGAACGUUGAAGGCUAUGGUCGAUAAGGGUGUUAUCACCGGCGUGGAGCUCACCGACGGCGAGGCCGCCUUCUGUCCCUCUUGUCAGGAGGGCAAGCAGAAGCGCGAGCCGUUCACGAAGGAACGUACG